AAGCAAAAAAAAAAAAAACACAAUAUGAUGAAGUCUUUGAUUUGUCUCUCCUUCAUUCUCCUCUCUCUCAUCUCCAUCACUGAAGGGUUUCACGGAAAGAGUGUGCGAAACAGAGAUGUCUGGUCUCCAAAGAUUAAAGAGGCCGCCAAGUAUGCGAUUGAUGAGCAUAACUCGGAAUCUAAUGAUAAUCUGGUGCUCGUGAGGAUCGUCCAGGGGAAGAUGCAAGUGCACUCCGCGAUAGUAUACGAUCUGAUCAUCGAGGCGAAGGAUGAAAGUGGUGUGACCAAGAACUACAAGGCCGUCGUGAUGGAAUCUGAGAGGGAUAAGAUCCUUUAUUCAUUUAAUGCGGUGUAGAUCGAGAUAUCAUCAUUUGAGUCUUGUCAUUAUAUAUGUUUGUUGUGUUGUUGUUUUUGUUGUUUUGGAAUAAAAACUGAACUGGAGAUAUGUUUUUUUUUUUUUUCUAAAAGUUUCUGUAAAAGUUAUGUGUUAUGUGGAUCUCUAGUUCGAGAGUGACUGUAUUCUAUACAAGACUAAAUGUACUAUAUACAUAGGCUCUGUAUACUUCAAUGUGAUCAUUCUUUGUUGGC